CAGUCGUUCGUGAAACAAACCUAACGUACGUCAGAAUCGUGUUCUGGGAAUUUUCUGCCCUGAAAAGCCGUGGAACAGUGGAGAUAAUUGGUUUCUUCCGGAAUUUUUGUCUUUGGUUCCGGGUACUCAACACUGUUAGGAUAUGCUUGAGUUUCAACCGUGUAUAAACGCUACAAAAGCGGACAGAAGCUCCCACUCACUUUCAUCGAUCGGAACAACACAAACAGCUUGGAAACAAAUAUUGUAGAUAAACAGUGUUCAAAAUCCCAGCUACCAGAAGGCAGACAAGUUGGCUAUAUACAAAGUGCAGCCAAGGAAUUAAACUGGUGGGAAUAGUAACCUGGUGGAGGGCUUGCCCCCUUAAGUAGCAAUUUGGUUCUUAUUGUUGGUGUAGUGUCUCUAAUGAGAACUUGCUGUAUUUUGUUUAGAAAUGGGACCAGAGGAUAGGCAACAAUUGGAUGUGACUCCAUCCUUGAAAGCAAAAUUGUUGAAGCUUUUAGAGUCACGAAAACUUCCUUUGGAGGAACUAGCAAUUGUUUUGUAUAUGCGUGAUACUCCUUUUGCAUCGGUUUGUGAGCUUGUUAGCGAUUAUGAAGGGAAAUUCCAGGCAUUGUCAUUGGACAUGUGGAAGUUAAUUUUUAAAAAGCUUCAAUUGUCCAAGGAACUUGAAGAUCUGUUGGCUGUUCAUCAAAGGGAAAUGAUGGUUGAUCCUACAGCUAUGGAUGAAUUAGAUUGCAGUGGGUCACUAACAGCAGAGAGGUCACUGCAGAGAAACCUACACCCUAGUCAGCGCUUAAACGAACCAAUAAAUGUUCGUUUACAAGAUCCUUUGUUAAAGUUCCCAGUGGUUGAGGAAAGUGCUAGAAAACAUGAAGGAGCAAUUCCAAAAACUAAACAGUGGCAGCCUGAUCUUCAAAGCACUGUUAGGCGUGAUGUUAAGGAGGAAAUGUUGAUGGGUCCUCUUGGUAGUCAGUCUAAUUUAAAUCUACCUUCCAUAACACGGAGAGAGUUUAGUGAUGAAUGUGCUCAAUCUAGUCUCCACCCUCCAGAGUCAAGUGAAAGUGCUGUGGGGAAUGUUGAUGGUUGUAAAAGAGGAUACGAAAGUCAAGAUACUGGGUUCUUCUCUGGAGAAGGCAACUCUUACACCCAGAUGUCAUCAUUAUCCACUACUCUAGAGCGCACACCUGUCUUACCUGCUUCUACUCCUGUAGUUGGAAAAACUGAACAUCACAGUCAGGUGCUGAAAAGUGUCUCAGCUAGACCAACUACUCCUGAAGGAGCAACAACUGAUAGAAACUCCCCUUCAGUAGUAACAGGAUGUCACAACAACAGGCCAAUAAACCUGAAUGACCUAGUAGAAGUGGAUAAUGUCCCAGAGAAUGGCGAAGAAACUGGGAGGCCUGUGGAACAUUAUGACGCCAGGGAAAAUAAGGAAGAAUUACUGCAGAAACUAAGAGAAAUGGAGUCAGUUUGUAAUACUCUCCGAGAAGAUCUGUUCCGGUGUAGGCAAACUUUUAGGGAAUCCAGGCCACCGUGUGCCUAUUUACAAGCUAAAAAUGAUCGUUUGCAGGUGGAAAAUGAAGAGCUGAGGAGGCAGUUGGAAGAAAACGAACAGUUUACCAAUACAGCGAUUGAGGAAAAUCGCCGGUUGUGUUUGCUGGCGGCAGGGUCGCUGUUUGAGGCAAGGAGAGCAGACGAUGUUGCUUCAGGAGGAAGAAGAGCAGUCGUAGAGUUGGACCAUACGUCGGAUAGCGGUGAGGAGGUUGAACCAGACAUUGAUGAGCAGCCAGGACCAUUUCCCCAAGAGUCAGACUCUGAUGAUUCAGUCUAUGAGGAUGCAUUGGAGUAUUUUGCGUUGCCACUUGAAGUUGACAUGCCACUUGAAGUUGACAUGCCACUUGAAGUUGACAUGCCACUUGAAGUUGACAUGUUGCAGGAAAUUGAAAGACUGAGAAGGUGUUUCGACGUUUUAGGCUUAAUUUUUUGUUUUUUGUUUAAUGAACUGUUUUAAGUGUAUAUCUUGUAGCAUAUCCCUUGGUCGCAGUGUUUUUAAAUUAGAAUAUUUACAAAUAAUUUGUCAUGAUUAAUUAUAUUUCCCACUAGAUUGUACAUUAUUGAUGUCAGUGUCUAGAUGCUGAGGUUUUUUAGAUGACUAUGUAACUCUCAGAAUAGAAGGUCUUUCAAAGCACUUGUAUAGAAUUUCGUACAAACUAAUUCGAUGAAUUCGUUUGAUUAUCACGAAUUUAUGACUAAACUCUUCAAAGCGCGCGCGAUAUAUGUUAGAUGUAAAAUUUUUACCGAAAAGCUGAGGUUUUUCAGUGCCUCGUUCUGACUUCCCCUGGCCACGAAACAAAUCAGAGUAGUAGGUGUGGUCAGACGUAAAAGUUAUUUAAGAACUAGUAUUGAAAUUUAUCUUUAUUAGUUCACGUUUUCUGACAAAUUCGUAAGUAACUUUUUAAUUUUUCUACCCAAAAUGUGGUUAAAAAUGGGAUGUUAUUUUAAUGUGCUAAUGAGAGAAAUUAGAGAAACAAAUGGUAGUAUUUAAAGUAUUUAAGACAUGAUAUGCAGUCGAGUGUCUACGGAGCCAGAAAAAUUUCAUAGGUAAGUUUCCUUUAUUCAUUCUGUUCAUUGUGAACGUUACUCUCUCUACUAUACUCAUUGACGGAAAAUGAUAAGAUACGAUUGAUAUAGGGCCCAUUAGGAAGUUCACUGACAGGAAAUGGAAACGUUUGGUUGACUCGACGUCCUUAACUCUGUAAAAGUUUUGGCCAAGACACACAAGUGCAUACCAAAAAAUUAUCAUGUUAUUCUUACAUAAGGUAUAAGGUUAAUAUAAUUAUGUCCUAGUUGAGGACAAAAAAAACUCAAGCAGUUAUUUUGCAGAGGUGAUGUUUAAAACAUAUAAAAAAAAUUUUUAUCUGAUAUCUUUGUUAUUCUGUAGAUGUGAUGUUUAAAACAUUAAAAAUAUUUU